AUGGGUUCCGCCGAACAGAGAAUAAGCCUCAUCGAACCUGACACUACUACUCAGGGUCUUCUCAACAACCACACCGAGAAGCAUUUCACCGCCGGCGAUAUCGUCCGCGACAUCAUCAUCGGCGUCUCCGACGGCCUCACCGUCCCCUUCGCCCUCGCCGCUGGACUCUCCGGCGCCAAUGCCACCUCCUCCAUCGUCCUCACCGCCGGCAUCGAAGAAGUCGCCGCCGGCGCCAUCUCCAUGGGUCUCGGCGGGUAUUUGGCGGCAAAAAGCGAAGCUGAUCAUUACGACAGAGAAUUGAGAAGGGAGCAAGAAGAAAUCAUCGCUGUACCAGAAACUGAAGCAGCAGAGGUAGCUGAAAUAUUGGCUCAGUAUGGGGUAGAGGAACAUGAGUAUACACCUGUGGCGAAUGCUCUCAGGAAGAAUCCUCAGGCAUGGCUUGAUUUCAUGAUGAAGUUUGAGCUGGGACUAGAGAAGCCAGAUCCAAGAAGAGCAUUGCACAGUGCAUUUACAAUUGCAGUUGCUUACAUAUUGGGUGGGGCUGUUCCUCUCCUUCCUUACAUUUUCAUUCCAAAGGCAUCAGAUGCAGUGGUGAUUUCAGUUGUGGUUUCCUUGUUUGCAUUGCUGGUCUUUGGCUUUGCCAAGGGAUACUUCACUGGUAAUAAAUCUAUCAGGAGUGCUUUGGAAACUGCUCUUAUUGGUGCUAUUGCUUCUGCCGCUGCUUUCGGUUUGGCAAAGGCUUUCCAUCCUUAGAUCCAUGCUCUGUACUUGGUGGCAAUGAAGACUCUUCUGAAAACUAUCA